AUGCGGCCACUACAAUAUCGUCGAACUCCUACUCAAACGAGGUGCCGUCUUUUCGAGAUUUCGAAGGCUGUGGAUGUGAGUCAGCCUUUUGCGGGGCAUAUUUCUUCAUUAUUGGAAGCAGGUGGGGGGAUGAUGGAUGUAGUGUUGGUGUUUGGAGGAGGUGAGAAGGUGGGUAUACAUCGAUUUUUAUUGGCGGCGAGGGUUCCAUUGUUGAGGGAGAAGUUGUUAGGUGAGUGGGAAGAGAUGACAGUGGUUAAUAUGCCGAAGAGUGUUGAUUGUGGGGCGUUUAGAGUCAUCAGGGAUUAUAUUUAUCUUAGGACGGAUUCUUUGGCGAUUGAUGAUGAGGAGAUUCAAGAGGGGGUGGUUGAAUUGGCGAGGAAGUAUGGGUUGGUGGAUUUGGUUGAAGGGGUGGAGGAGAUUAGGAGAGUGAAGGGGGAUGAUAAACAGAAAUCAAAAUUAAAACAUGAUUUAUCAGUGAAAUUUAUUGAAACCGCAAGAAGGGAGCUUGAUCAGUUUCUAAGAGAAACAAUAUAUAAAGAGAAAAUCUCAAUUCCAUUGGAUCUCAACACUAUCGAUCUUGAAGAUUUAGAUUGUCAAGAGUAUUUAUCACCAGAAUCCAAAUCAGCCCUAUUAGAAGCCGAUUCAAUUCCCGAUAUAAUCAUCGCAUGCCUAGAUUCCGAAUCAGAAUCAAUAGUAUACUACCCCGUCCAUAGAUCAAUUCUUGCCCGAUCAGAAUAUUUCGACACGAUGUUCAAAUCAGAAAUAUUCCAAUAUUCCCAAGAAGAAAUACCAACCUACAAAGACCACACACUUGAGAUCAUCAAUCGACCACAAUUACAAAUCGAUCACAUCCCGGUCAUUCAACUCUGCACCAGUGCCGACAAUCACGAAAUCGCAGAAAUGAUCCUUUCAUAUCUCUAUCAUGAUGACGUAAAACAAAUCCCAUUGGAAUUAUGUAUAGAAUUACUAUUUGCCGCUGAUGAAUUAUUCUUAGAGAGAUUGAAAACCAUGUGUGCAGUCACCAUCACCACCAGAUUCCCCGACCUUAAUUAUGAAGAAUUUCAAUCCUUUAAAGCCACACUUGGAGCUGAUGCAUAUGAUCUAAUUCGAAUCUCAUGGCAAACGAGGUGUGAUAAAUUAGAACAUCACAUCACGAAAUCGAUCGCAUAUAAUCUCCAACCGAUAUUCAAUUCCAAACAAGAAAGAACCAAAUUCAGCCAGUUUGUCCAAGAAUCGGCAGCUAGGAUUAAAGAAAGACAAGAAACUGAUACCAUUGAAUUAAUUGAUGAUAUAAGAUAUUAUUUAGGUAAGAAACAUGCCGUGUUUCAAUUUGUGGAGAGUUUUGAUCCGGGGUUUAGGAAUUUGAAUGAGGUUGAUGAUAUUGGAUUAUAUAAGAAUGCUGUUAGGCGAUAUGAACGAGAUAUUGAUAUUAUAGAUUCAUUAUUGGAUGAAUUGGAUUUAGAGGCAUAG